CGCGUAAAGCACCUGAUAAUCAAAGAUGGCGGCAUUUCCGAUGUAGCUGUGUUUGUGAACUUUUGUACUUUGGUCAUUGAUGCAAAUACAUUUUUCCUUUUCCUACCCAAUUCCUCUUGAAGCUGAACAGUGACUCUUGUUCAGGACAGUAGCACUGCUUGUUAGUGCGGGUCGUUAAAAGCGCGUCGUUGUGUCAGUUAACGGUCAGCGGUAACGGACAGUGAGUCAGGAGACAUUUCAGCAGCUCAGACAUGAAAGAGGCUCUGUCCCUGGUUCAGAGACUGAGUGCACACCCGGACUCCCGGUGCUGGUUCGUCAGCUGGAGCCCGUCUGGGACGCUGCUGGCUUCAUGCGGGGGAGACAAGGCCAUCCGGAUAUGGGGACGAGAAGGUGAUUCUUGGAUUUGUAAGAGUGUGCUUGAGGACGGACACCAGCGCACCGUUAGGAAGGUGGCAUGGUCUCCCUGUGGGAAUUAUCUGGCCUCUGCCAGCUUUGAUGCAACCACAUGCAUCUGGAAAAAGAAGAACGACGACUUUGAGAGUUUGACUGUGUUGGAAGGACAUGAGAAUGAGGUCAAAUGUGUGGCGUGGGCCCCUUCAGGGAAUCUGCUGGCGACAUGUAGCCGUGACAAGAGUGUCUGGGUCUGGGAAGUGGAUGAAGAAGACGAGUAUGAGUGUGUUACUGUCGUGAACUCUCACACACAAGAUGUCAAGCAUGUCGUGUGGCACCCUAACCAGGAGCUCCUGGCCUCAGCCAGCUACGACAACAACAUUUGUAUUUACAGGGAGGAGGAUGAUGACUGGGAGUGCCGGGCCACUUUGCAAGGACACACAUCCACUGUUUGGAGUUUGUCUUUUGAUGCGACUGGACAGAGACUGGCCUCCUGCAGCGAUGACCGCACUGUGAAGAUUUGGAAGGAGUAUCCAAGUGAAGCUGGACAGGGAGACUUGUCGUGGAAGUGUGUUUGCACUCUAUCUGGGUACCAUGGACGGACAGUGUAUGACGUCGCAUGGUGUCGGUUGACCGGCGCCCUGGCAACCGCCAGCGGUGACGACGCAGUGCGGGUGUUUAAGGAGGAUGAGUCGUCUGAUCCAGACCAGCCGGUGUUCUCGCUGGCCGCUCAGGUGACCAAGGCUCACAGCCAGGAUGUCAACUGUGUCGCCUGGAACCCAAAGGAGGCGGGACUGCUGGCUUCCUGCUGCGAUAACGGAGAAAUCGCCAUCUGGAGGUUCCAAGAAGAAGACUGAACAUGUGGUCUCUCACUGAACAGCAAACGCUUACUGCAAGUUACACUGGGAACUUUGUGGUCCUGAGGUCACCACGUUAUUGUUCAUUCAGCUUUUACAACUUAUCUGUUAGCACAGCAGGAUUCUGCUUAAUAUUACGGUGUUAAAACAUGUCGCCUGUCUGUUUCUAAACUGACAAUAAUGCUUCAGUGCAUCUUUUGCCUUUUGAGUCUACAUAUUUCUUUAUAACAGCUCAAUUAAGAAUUUAUUCAUUAAUGAUGUUUAUAUAAAUAAAUGUAAAACUUUAUAUAAACAA